AUGCUUAGCUGCCUGGCUAUGAUUAUUACAAAUAUGAGUAUGAAAUUUCUUAUCAUAUUAGGGAUUUCCUUUAUUCCAUCAUUUGGGCAAUCAAUAUAUGCUGUUAACUGUGGCGGUGAAGAGUAUAUUGAUAGCUCAGGUGUAUUGUGGUUAAAAGACCAAGAUUACAAAGGAGGAGUUGCCAUAAGUCCAGGCAAAAAUAAGUAUGUAAAAUACACAAAAGAUCCAACUAUUUACCAAACUGAAAGAUACUCGACUGACAACUUUAGCUAUAGAAUUCCUCUCCCAGCCCCUGGAAGUUACAUUAUCAUUCUUAAAUUUGCAGAGUUCUCUGAAGCGAACAUUAAGAGGCAAUUUAACAUUGCUUUGGGCUCAAAUGUUGUUAUUUAUGCUCUUGAUAUCUAUGACAAUGUCAAGGAUUCAGCUGCUUAUGAUAUUUUUAUUCCAAUAACAGUUACAGAGGACAAAAUAUAUUGGUAUAAUACUCCUAUAUAUAUAAAAAUGGCGUAGCGAACCAACCCAACCUCCUAACAUCUAUAGCUUGGGAGACUAAGGGACUUGUGGGAAAGAGUUUUAGCGUUCGGUAUGUGUAUCCGGAUAGAUUUUACUUGGUUUGUGGAGCGCAAUGUCUGAGUUGGCACACAGCAAUCUCACAUCCAGGUCAAAGUCUUACCUCGGAGGAAGAUGGAGUUCGGAGCUGGAAAGAGAUUUCCCAACAAUACCAGUAAGGUUCCUCCUUGCCGAUCUGGAACUUCCCAAGCACGAUAUCAGGCGUUGCGUCCUGGACUCCGAGUUUUCAUCUGGCCGAUAUGUGACCAGAAUUUUUUUUCUCGAAUUUUUCUGGAAGCUGGCGUCCCAAACUUUUCAACUACCAGCAUUCAGGCCCAUGCCUGGUAGGAGCAAAAUUUUGAAGUUCGUGAGAAGAUUGUCGGUGAAGCAGACGAGUGGAGCGUUAUGGAAGGGAAUAAGGAUCUUCAGAUCCUGACAGGGAGUUUUUCUAUAAUCUAACAUUGUGUAAGUGCAAGUUAUAAUACACCUUUAUUAAGUGCAGUUGAAAAUGAUAAAAUUUUAUGUUCUAUUAUUAUAAAUUUUAACCAGCAAGCUCAUUAUAUAUGAUGAAUAUCUAUACUAAAAUUUUUAAAAAUUCAUUCUAUUUGAGCAUAAUAAAUUUCAAUAAAACAAGAUCUAACCCAAAGGUCUCAGGGAUUAUGCUAUUUAAAGGAAUUCUACAAGACACUGACUACUACGAGCAAGACAAAAGAAUAAAGCAUUACAAGCAGCUUUACCAAAACAAACAAGAAAUCGAAGAAAGCAAUUCCCCAUAUCACCAAUCAAAAGCCAAAACAAUCAACACAGGUGAGGUUUUUACAGGCCUGUACGUGAUCAAGACUUAUCCUAUGACUCUGAUGUUUUCAAGUAUUCUUUUCUAUAUUAUUUUCCAGAAACUUAUACCUAAAGCUAAAUAA